GAGAGCGGAUCAUUGGCGUCCGAGCAGCCGCAGAACAGAGGUGCGGAGUCGACUCUCUCAACUUCACUUGAGCGCGAGCCAGCUGCAGAACACAGCCACAGCACAUCUGCAGCUCGCGCGCAAAGCAAAGCAAAGCACACCUGCAGCUCGCGCACCGGACUUUUCCCUUCCCUCCCAGUGCAGGGGGCGUUUACUUUCGCUUUGUGAAGCGCAGCUGGGGAAACUCACACAGUCAGUCGGCUUGAUUGCUGCUCAGAUUUGUCCUCUCACUCAGCAUGGCUGCGACCACCUGUACCAGGUUCACCGACGAAUAUCAGCUGUAUGAAGAGCUGGGCAAGGGAGCCUUCUCAGUGGUGAGACGAUGUAUGAAAAUCUCCACUGGACAGGAGUACGCUGCCAAAAUUAUCAACACCAAGAAGCUCUCUGCCAGAGAUCACCAGAAGUUGGAACGUGAGGCUCGCAUUUGUCGUUUGCUGAAACACCCCAACAUUGUGAGACUCCAUGACAGCAUAUCUGAAGAGGGAUUCCAUUACCUCGUCUUUGAUUUAGUCACAGGAGGGGAGCUGUUUGAAGAUAUCGUGGCCAGAGAGUACUAUAGUGAAGCUGAUGCCAGUCAUUGCAUUCAGCAGAUCCUUGAGGCCGUUCUCCACUGCCACCAGAUGGGAGUGGUCCAUCGCGACCUGAAGCCAGAGAACCUGCUUUUAGCCAGCAAACUCAAGGGAGCUGCAGUGAAACUGGCUGACUUUGGCUUGGCCAUUGAGGUGCAAGGAGACCAGCAAGCAUGGUUUGGAUUUGCUGGCACUCCUGGUUACUUGUCUCCUGAGGUGUUAAGGAAGGAACCCUAUGGGAAGCCAGUUGAUAUGUGGGCUUGUGGUGUGAUUCUCUACAUCUUGCUGGUGGGUUAUCCUCCAUUCUGGGAUGAGGAUCAACACAGACUUUAUCAACAAAUUAAGGCUGGCGCCUAUGAUUUUCCUUCUCCUGAGUGGGACACGGUCACCCCAGAGGCCAAAGAUCUGAUUAAUAAAAUGCUGACCAUCAACCCUGCCAAACGCAUUACCGCUGCCGAGGCCCUUAAACACCCAUGGAUCUGUCAACGCUCUACAGUGGCCUCGAUGAUGCACAGACAGGAGACUGUGGAAUGCCUGAAGAAGUUCAAUGCCAGGAGGAAGCUAAAGGGAGCGAUCCUGACCACCAUGCUCGCCACAAAGACCUUCUCAAAAGGGAAUCCAUACAAGAAGCCCGAUAGUGUUAAGAUCAACAACAAAGGCAACGUAGUCAGCAGCGCUAAAGAGCCAGUCCCCUCUCCUGCUCUGGAGCCUCAAACUACUGUUAUCCACAAUCCACCUGACGGAAACAAGGUAGAAUCCUCAGAGAGCGCCAACACCACCAUAGAAGAUGAGGAUGUGAGAGCACGGAAGCAGGAGAUUAUCAAAGUGACUGAGCAGCUGAUCGAGGCCAUCAACAAUGGAGAUUUUGAAGCUUAUACCAAAAUCUGUGACCCUGGACUGACUUCUUUUGAACCUGAGGCUCUGGGGAACCUGGUGGAGGGAACAGACUUCCACAGGUUCUACUUUGAGAACUCUCUCUCCAAAGUCAAUAGGCGUACCGUCCACACCAUCUUGCUGAACCCUCAUGUGCACCUGCUGGGAGAAGACGCUGCCUGUAUAGCUUACAUCAGACUCACGCAGUACAUCGACGCUAACAACAUGCCUCGCACCAUGCAGUCAGAGGAGACUCGGGUGUGGCAUCGCCGUGACAGCAAGUGGCAGAACAUUCACUUCCACCGCUCGGGCUCGCCAACCGUGCCCACCAAUUAACAAGGCGUCCUGAGCAGCGCAGCUCAGUCUAACGGACUGCAUGUUAGAUGGCCACCGAGUGUCUGCAUUAUUCAAACCCCACCUUUACAACUUCUCUACCCUGUCAGUCUUGUUUACAUUUCAUCACUGCUGGACUUUAUUCUACACACAGGUGGGGAAUUAAUAUCAGUUUGUAUUAGGACGUGUGUGUGUGUGUGCGUGUGACUUGCACACGCUCCUCAUAAAACAUUUGAUGUAUACUUUUUUUUUUUAAAUUUAACGUUUCCAUUUUCUAUGGUGUGAGAUUUGGGUGUUUGGGUACGUCACGAAAUGAAACGUUUGAUCUGUACACAAUCCGAUACAAAGUCCGACGGCACGCAGACAAAUCCGGGUGCACGUGUGACAUGAUCAUAUUGGAGUGAUUAGUAAUCUAGGCACAAUCUCAGUCUCUGAUAGUGAGGAUAUGAUUAACAGCAGAUCACAGCCACUUCAGUCUCGUUUCAGUGCUUUUCUAUUUUAAGUGCAAUACAGCAAAAGAAAAAAAAAAAGAAUAAUGAAUCUGACAAAUGAGCUUGCUUUUUGGUGAUGUUUUUGUGAAGUUGUGUGAAAUGCUAUUCCUGCUUUAUCUUUUAGAGAAUUGACAGUUGACCGUGAUCUUAGUUCUGCGACCUUUGUUCUGGUUUAGGUUGCGCUAAAUGGGUUUAGCAUCAGUAAUGUGUAAAAGUGACAAACGAAGCGCAUUAGCUGACAUUUUGCUGUUUUAUUCUGAUGUUUUUUGCUUCGUCUACGAACGCAGUAGAAAAAUGGGGAAAAAAAAAAUUCGGUCGUAAAAUGUACUUUACCAAUCAACACAAAUAACCACUAAAGCAAACUGUUUUGUUUCAUUCACUUGUUGUGAGUUUUAUCCUUCUGUUUUCAUUUUUAUAUUGUUUACCAACACUUGAUGGGGUAUUCUGAGGGGAAAAAAAAGAAAAAGACGUGUUUUCUGUAUUUUUCACUUCUUUCUUAAUUAAUUAGCAUUAGCCGUUAUCAUGUAGUGCACGGAACAUCUUUUACCCGCUCAUUUUACUUUUAUGUGCUUUUCCUCCCUCAGUGACAUGUAUAUGCUCUUGUGAUGGUCCCCUGCUUAAGGGUGAAGUAAAAUUUACGCUUUAUAUCCCAGACUGUCCAUUAAGAGUGAAUGAGAGACGAGUAUUUAGCGCGGUUAAGUUUCAAGGUUUCAAAAUGAUUUAUAUUUGCAAAACCUAUUACUGUUAUCAAUGCAAAGUGAACAUGUGUAAGCGGAAAUAUUUCAGAUUUGCUUGCAGCGCAGCUGAUAUUAUUUGAUAAGAAUCUGAUUUAAAUAAAGUUUGAGUUUGUUUCCUCUUGAUUAAGACGUAAUGCUUCAUAACAUCAGUUUGUGAAAACUAAAGGAGGGAGAAAGCCUGAAUUGGAGACGAAUCCAUCAUUAAUCAGCGCUGAAUUUAGAUUCGGUGGCUGAAAUGCUAUCAGCUAUAUGUUUGAGACAUAAAGGAUAGAAGCUGUUAUCUCGUUCUGUUUGCUUAAUUAAUUUUUAAUGUUUAUUUUUGUUACUUUUUUAUUCUAGUCCAGUUCCCUUUGAGCUUUUAUUGCUGUAACUUGAAGAAAAUCCCCAAUCACACAAACCUGUACACUAAACAAAGGUACAAAUACUCAAACAGUUAAAAAGGGCACAAUAAAGGAAAUAAAUAAACUGUACAAA